AUGGCCGACCGGCGCGGCGUUCUGGUACCGCUGGUGAUCCUUGCUUGGAUCUUCCUACAACCUAACCCUGCGGCCGUCUCGCGGAUCGACGACCGACCCCUAAUAGACGAUGUCAUCGCCGAAGAGCAGCGGUCGCUGGCCGUGCUUCAAAACUCGAGCUACGACGAUGCCUUCGGCAGCAACGGUCAUACGCUGAACUUGACCGGACUCGAGCCAGAUAGGGCAUAUGCCUGGGAAUCCUUCAGCAAGGUCAAGGGAAGGGCGAAAGAGCAUUUGGAGUACGCGCUGGGGGAUUGGGGCAAGUCUGCGCUUGCAGGAACAGUAGAAGAGCAGAAUCCAACACCGCUGUACAGCAAUAUCUCCGGCUAUGUGCGUGGACAAUGGAAGCGCUCGCUGCUACAAGAGGGUGUCCCCAUUCCGCAGCUAAACCUCUCGGAGUAUGCACAUCCAGGACCAUUGGGAAUUCCAGGAAAGGCACGACCAUUCGACCGAAACGUGACAGGAGAGGGCGGAGAGGCCACUGUACGGUUCUACGAAAAGGGCGUUGGACAUGUCACUUCCUUGACCGGGCUCGAAGCUGGUAACAUUACCGAGAUGCGCGCAGAGCUGAAGGUCACGGACGCCAAGUCUUCUGAUGAAUGGGAAAUUCACCUGCGAGGCGUUUAUUUCGCGGAUAUUGGCCAAGCGGUCCUGGCCACUACCAGCGACAAGUUCGCGGGCAUCUUCGCGCUACCGCAUCUUGCACUCUCCGAGCGCACAUUUACUUCAUCUCUGAGCCUCUUGAACAAGUCCAUAACUGGGGUGAUCCAUGACCAGAUCGACAGGAAGACUGAGAAGUUCAACCCAUGGUCAUCAGCAUCGGAGGGAAGUUCUGACUCGGCCAACAGCAUACCCGAUUGCGAUCUGGUGGUUUAUCUACAACAGAUGGCUCCUGUCGCCAGCACUCAGUACUCCUCGGCCAUGCUCAGGUUCCUUGAGGAUGAGCUGCGCUUCCCGACUGGCGCUAUAGUGCCCAGUGCUCCCGACAUGCGAUUCUCAAUGCUUGUCUUCUCUCCAGAUUGUGGCUUUGUGUUGGAAUCACAAGGACCUCCCUUGGACUUUGCGCAAGACGGAAACCACCUCACCGGACCGAAGAUGGAGGUGCAAUACCGGCAUAGUCGCCACCAUCUCAUGCUCUUUACGUUCGCUAUCGCCUUUCAGCUCUUCCUCCUGAUGCGACAGAUGCGUGAGGCCAACACACCUUCUACCCGAAGUAGAAUCAGCUUCUAUACCAUCGCCAUGCUAGCUCUCGGAGAUGGCUUCACUACCAUAACGUUUCUGAUAAUAAGUCUGUUUCUAUCGGGUCUAUGGAUCAAUUUGGUCGGUACUGGCUUUCUGGCAUUCAUCAGUGUAUCCUUUUUCGGCAUGAGGUUCUUGAUGGAUAUUUGGCAAGUGCAAGCGCCGGAGCGCGAGCGAAGGGCCAGAGCAGAAGUCGAGGAAGAGCGAGCUAGAGAGGAGCGCUUUCAAGCAGCACUGCAGCGCAUUCGGGCGGAGAGAGAUGCUCGGCAGGCGGCUAUCAGAGCAGCGGCCACUGAGACGAACACCCCAGGGGAGACCGGUCAGCCCGACACCACUACAGCAGAAAGGCAGACACCUGCACCUCCAGCUAUUACUGUUCGAGGACAGACUAUUCCACCCCCUGCACCGCCCACGCAGCCAGUAAUACCUCCCACGACACCUGGCAGUCUCCCUCUUCCAGCGACAGCACCAAGUCCAGUUGAUACUGGAGCCACUCCCGUCUUCAUGCCGUCCGACCAACAAGGUCUCGAGUCGAUCGGGCUCCCGUUGACAACUGGCCAGCCAAGUACGGAGACGCUCGUGCAGGCACGCAUGCCCACUUUUGCCUCACUGUACACACGUUUCUAUCUCCUGCUCCUGGCCAGCUUGUUCCUCAGCCUCAAUGCCAUGUCAUGGCCAGCAGGCGCACGGAGAGUCUACUUUACCAUGCUCGCACUCAUCUAUUUGAGCUUCUGGGCCCCACAGAUCAACCGAAAUGUUCAACGAAACUGUCGCCAUGCAUUGAAUUGGGAGUUUGUUCUCGGCCAAAGCAUUCUUCGUCUUACGCCGUUCAUUUACUUCUACGGUUACAGACACAAUGUCCUCUUCUCAGAAGUCGACUACUAUGGCCUGGGGAUGUUAGCUGUAUGGAUCUGGAUUCAAGUGGUUGUGCUCGGCUCUCAAGAACUGCUCGGCCCAAGAUGGUUCAUCCGUAAGGUCUGGGUACCGCCAGCAUACGACUACCAUCCAGUACUACGUGAAGACGAAGAAGGCGCUGCUAUGCCCAUCGGCUUCUCUCAAGCCAAUGCUGAUGCUUCGGCACCAUCCUCGCCAAGACAAGAGCGCGGCAGCACUUCACCCAUCGCGAGAAGAGCGUCGAUCGCAAAAGAGACGAAAGAGAAGGGCAAACGAGUUUUUGAUUGUGCCAUCUGCAUGCAAGAUCUGGAAGUCCCUGUGAUUGAAUCAGGCUCAUCCCGAGAUGCAAAUCUCGUUGGAGGAGUGCUCGCGAGGAGGAAUUACAUGGUGACGCCCUGCCGACAUAUCUUCCACAGUAGUUGCCUUGAGGGCUGGAUGAAGUACAGGCUACAAUGUCCCAUCUGUCGUGAGACACUGCCACCUUUGUAA